AUGGGUAACUCUUGUUCUUAAAAAUAUGGAUAAAGUGUUAAAACUUAAGAAUGUAUGGAAAUAAUCUUAAGAGAUCAGUUUUAAGAAGGUAGUCAGAAUGAUCUGUACGAACAAUUAACAAAAACAAUGAAGUAAAAAACAAAGUUUAAAAUUCAAGAAUAGGCAUUUACUUGCUUCAAAACUUUAAUCGAAAUCAAUACUUGUAGUACUAGCUCUACUAUGGAUGUAGAAAUGGAUGAGAGAAGUAUUUUGAAUUCUAUUAAUUCUAAUGAAAUUAUUAGACAUUACCAAGACUUUAACAAUUACAAAUAUUCAAUCUAGCAACUCGAAUAAAUAUUAGAAUCUCAAAAAAUGUUUUCUGAAAAAGAUGUUUAAUUACUUUAGUAGCAUAUUGGGAAAGGAUCGCAAGGUAGUGUUGAAAUAAACUUUUUACAAUUAAGUAAAGAUCGUUUUUAAAUUGAACCAUAAUUUAUCCCUAUUGCAACUAAAAAAUUUGAAGAUAAAUUCUAAUUUAUUAGAGAGAGUGCUAUUCUUACUCAAUUAGAUAAAAACAUCAGACCUGUUCUAGCUUUUAUAGGAAAUAAUAAAUCAGAGAUACAUAUGGAGCUAUGCAUGUGCACUUUAGGUUAAUUCAAAUCUUAUAUCCAUAAAAACAACCUUGUUACAGAUAAUCUGUUGAUUUCUCUACUCUUAAAUCUUCUUCUUAAACUCUAAUAUCUCUUAAAUAAGGGUAUUUUUCAUGGUGAUAUCAAGCCUGAAAAUAUAGCCAUAACUCUUAGGUAAGGUCAUGCAGCUGUUAUAUUUUUAGAUUUUGGGGCAUCGUCUUGGGAUGCUGAAGAUUAUUUGAAUUAUUAUACUCCUGCAUUCUGCAAAUUCGACAUAUUUUAAAUGAUUGACAGCGGAUAAAUUCUGAAUAAAGAUUAAAUAAGAUAUGCAGAAAUAUUUAGUAUAUGUAGAACUAUCUAAUAUGUUAUGCUUCCCUAAGCAUCAGAAUCCCUCUUUAAUUAAAAGAACAUUUCUUAAUUCAUUCAAUUAUUUGAACAUAAAUUUCCUAGUACCAUUACAUUUCUCGAAUGUAUUCUACUCAAUAAUGUAAAUAGCUAAAUUAGUGAAAGUUAAUUGCAAGUUUUAUUAUAAAACUUAAAAAAUGUCACACAUAAUAUAAAUUUUGAUGAGUAACAGCUAUUUCAAUAAUCAUCUAUUAUUAAUCAAAUAUGA